GCAGCUACAAUAAUUCUCGGACAAACAGUCAGCCUCCUAUUGCCCGGAUUUCAAGGGCGUGAAUUGGAAGCGAGCAUAUUAUCAACCGAUAAUGAAACGACAACAUUCCUUGUGACUUGCCCUCAAACCGUGGCUGCAUCUGACUGCGGCGUUUCCGAAGCAGGAAUGACGGCUAUCAUUAAGAAGGACUCCGUAGAGCUGGUGGAUGUCAACAAAAAGAAUAGCACCGCGUCCCUGUCGUGUCAUAUUACCGGAACAACGUACGCAUCCUGCUAUGCUACCAACAAGAUUUCGGUUCACGCCACACUAGCCCCAAAAGACCUCAACUGGAUGGCAAUACCAGUUAUGACCACAAUAUCAAAUUCACCGGGCGCACUAAGCGCCUCAAUCUCCACCCAGAAAGUUCUGGCCACGUCUCCUAUGAAGCCGCAAUCAGGCAUAGAAACGGCUGCUACACCGGCGGCUGAGAGCCAAGGAGCAUUUAGGUUCAAGACCCCAUGGGGUUUAUGCGGCAUAGUGGGUUCGAUUAUGGCUGGGCUUUUGGGGUACAUUUUGCUUUUUUCUUUGCUGGGCUGGCAGGCUCAAUCCUUUCACUGA